AUGAACAAUGAAAAGUUAGAUGAAGAAAUCCCUGCUCCAAUGAAUGCAUCUUUAUGUAUACCGAUAGAUAUUUCUACAGCUCCACUGGUAGUCUUUGAUUUAGAAACUACAAGCCUAUAUAGAACCUCAGAUGUAAUACAGAUUGCUGCAACUUCAAACAAUAAUGAAUUUAGCAGUUACAUCUUUCCAAACCAACCUAUCUCAAUACAGGCCUCCGAAACUACAAAAAUUACCGUUUCUGCAAAUCAGAUGUUUUAUAAUUUACAACCUGUUUCGUACAAAUUACCACAUGAAGCUCUCACUGAUUUUAUAACAUUUCUUUCCAAAUAUCCAUCCAAGCCAGUUCUUGUAGGACACAACAUCAAACGCUUUGAUUGCCAUGUUUUGUACCAUUCUUUAAAGGCAAAUCAGUUGUGGAAUGAGUUUUCAUCUCACAUAUGUGGAUUCAUAGACACCAUGGAGUUAUUCAAGAAAAUAAUUCCAGGAUAA